AUGACUGAAUUCUGUACAGACAAAACCAAAGUAAUAGUGACGUUUUUGUUGAGUUUGAUUGGACUAAUCACAUCUUCAGAGGUCUGUUGGGACAAAUUCGAUGACAACUUGAGGAAACAGUGUAAAAGAGGUGAGUAUUUUAUGAGAUUUUACUUGUGAGUUGCAGGCUGCAAGGGACAUUUUAUACUUUAAAAUAUGUUUUUUCAGUUUGUAAAGAAAGUUCAUGCAAUUUUAUGCUUUGUAAAGAAAGUUCUUGCCAUUUGUAGUCCUGUAAAGAAAGUUUUUGCCAUCUGUAGUUCUGUAAAGAAAGUUUUUGCCAUUUUUUAAUUUGUAAAGAAAGUUCUUACCAUUUUUUCUAUAAAAGCCAUUUCAGGAGAAUGGCAACAACGAUAUUACUACGAUCACAAUUCGAUGACAUGCCAGUUGUUUUGGUACGACGGAUGUGAAACAAAGUCGAGAAACUUGUUCAACGACCUGUUGAACUGCCAAUGGAUGUGCGAGGAGCAAGUCAAGUAUAAGGACAGUACGUUUUUUCGGAUACUAGCCCAGAGCCCUAGCCCAGAGCCCUAGCCCAGAGCCUAGCCCAGAGCCCUAGCCCCAAGCCCUAGCCCAGAGCCCUAGCCCAGAGCCCUAGCCCUAGCCCUAGCCCUAGCCCUAGCCCUAGCCCUAGCCCUAGCCCUAGCCCUAGCCCUACCCACUUAUACCAUGCCCAAUUUUUUUUUGCUGCCUAAAAAGCCCCGCUCACCAUUCUACCCUGCCGAUAUUUUUCCCUAUCCAAAACUUUACCCUGUCCACAAUUUUACCCUGCCCAAAAUUUUACACUGCCCAAAAUUUUACAUUGCCCAAAAUUUUACCCUUCCCAAAGUUUUACCCUGCCCAAAAUUUUACCCUGCCCAAAAUUUUACCCUUCCCAAAGUUUUACCCUGCCCAAAUUUUUACCCUUCCCAAAAUUUUAUUCUAUUCAAAAUUUUACCCUGCCCUAAAUUGUAAGUUUACUAUGCCCAAAAUUAUUACUUUACCCUGUCUUAAAUUGUAAUCUUACCCUACCCAAAAUCAAAAACAAAUGCUUUCAGAAUCCUGUCUAGACAAGUUUGACGAACAUUACAAAGACGUUUGUAAUGGCGGUAAAUGGAAACAACACUAUUACUUUGACAAAAACUCCAAGGUACCAACUUCUUUUUAUUUUUCUAUGUACUUUUUGACCAAAUUUUACAAUUUUUUUAAAUUUUAUUUAGCGCUGCACCCCCUUUUGGUACGACGGCUGUAGAGGAUCAAGCCAGAACUUGUACUCGGACCUGGGCACUUGCCGUCAGGUUUGCGAAAUCCCUGCUCAGGGUAGGUUUUCAUGCCUUUUUCAAUUUGAAAAAAUAAAUAUUUAAAAAUUGAAGCCAAGUUUUAGGAGUUUAUGGUAUUUUUUACUAAUUUUAUUAUAUUAUCCAUGACAAAAUUUGAUGUUUUUGAAGGAUUUUGAUAACCUAAAGCAUUGUUUGGUUUAUUUUAGGUAAUAUCUGGGCCUAAAAAGUGUAUUUUUCUUAAAAUUACACCAAAAAACGAAAAUAGCUUUCUAUUGUUACCUAUUUUUAUGGUUUUCAUCACUUAAUAUAGUCAAAACUUAUAGUUUCACAUUGGUUUUUAAAAUAAUUUUACUUUUAUUACCUCUGCGAAAACCUUAUUCGUAUUUUACAUUAAAAGAUUUAUCUAAAAACCUAAAAUUCAUUUUGAAAAACAUCAAUUUUAACGAAAAAAACCUCAAAAAAGACGGGUUGAAUUGCUUAAAUUGGUCAAAACUUAUAUUUUCCUGCCGAGUUUUAUGAUUAUUUUACUUCCAUUACAUCUGUGAGGGACUGGUUCGUAUUCUACAUUAAAAAUUUGAUUUAAAAAGUUGAAAUUUGCGUUUAAAAACAUUAAUUUUGUCGAAAAAACCGCCCAUAAAGAGGAAAAAAGCGUCUCCUUUCGGUCUCUUCAAACGGAAAAAGGAAAAGAAGAGUGCUCUCUUCAGAGCCUCCUUAGCUCAGCGGUAGAGCGUUGGACUUUUUAAUCCAACGGUCAGGGGUUCGAUCCCCCUAGGUGGCUUGGUUCAUUUUUGCUUGUUUUUGGUACAAAUUGAUGUUUUUUAUACAUUUUAAGAUCAAAUCUGAUUUAAAAAUGUCUUAAAAAUUGUUUUUUUAUAUAAUUUUUACUAUUUGUAUUCGUUUUAAAGCCAUUUUUUGCAGAAGCCGAGCGAGAAUCGCAGCAAAGCCAUCAAAACUUGGUUAGUCAGUCACGUCAACUGGACGAAAGUGGUGUUAGAGUAACAACAAUCAGAACUCAUACUGCGGAGUUUGUUCAGCAUCAACACAGACAUCAUCAGAAGCCGUUCACAGUUCGACCGAUCAGCAAAGAGGACUUGAAGUAUUCGGAAAGCCCCGACAAUGACAGGACUUUGGCUGGAAGUGGGGGACGAGGUAAAAUACGCAAUGCACCUUUUCCUUUUAAAAUAGUUAUAAAACAGGUUUAAAACAUAUUGUUUUUAUCGUUUUUGUUCAAAAAAUUUAAAAAUUGGCAAAAUAUUUGAGUUGUGACAUUUCGUGUUAUUUUCCAAUAAUUUUUUUGACAUUUUGCCUAAAACAUAAAAAUGGUUUAUAAUUGUUUAAAGUCUAAUAUUGAUGCUUAAAAAUAUUAAUUUUAACAUUUUUUUGCAUUUUUUUAAUUUUCCAAUACUUUUUGUGACAUUUCGUUCAAUUUUUCAAACUUUUCGUAGAUGAAUCUAUAAAAAAUGUAAAAUACGUACUUUCGAUGAAGCGUUUUCAAUAUGGAAUAAUAUAUUUAGGCACAUCUCACGUUACGCAGCCCUCACGGAACAUUUGCGAACGGCAGAAUCCAUGCCAGAACGAUGGAACUUGUGUCUUUGACAAACUUAAACGGACCUACUUUUGUGAAUGUAAAAAUGGGUAUCAAGGGCGGAAUUGCGAGACUUUUGAUGGUAGGAACUUUCUUUACAGGCUGUAAUGGCAAGAACUUUCAUUACAGAACAAAAAAUUGCAAGAACUUCCUUUACAAACCAUAUAAUGACAAAUUUUUCAUAUUUGUCGUACAACGUGUCACUCGCAGGCUGCAAAACUCGAAAUUGUCUGUUUUAGAAAAAAUGGCGAGAACUUUCUUUACAGAUGAUAAAAUGGCAAGAACUUUUUUUACAAACCAUAACAUGACCAAACUCUUUCAGAUUCCGACCCAUGUGCUACUGCACCGUGCAAAAAUGGAGCUACUUGUAGCCCAAAGAAGAACAAAUUGAAGGCAGAUGACACACCUUAUGAAUGCUUCUGUGCUGUCGGUUAUGGUGGACCAAAUUGUGAAGAAAGUAAGAUUUUUUGAAAAAUGGCAAGAACUUUCUUUACAAGUCUUAAAAUGAUAAGAACUUUCUUUACAAAUCAAAAAAUGGCAAGAACUUUCUUUACAAAACUAAAAACUGCAAAAACUUUCUUUCCAAAACGAAAAAUCGCAAGAACUUUCUUUACAAAACAAAAAAUGGCAAGAACUUUCUUUACAAGUCAAAACAUUGCAAAAACUUUCUUUACAAAACGAAAACGGCAAGAACUUUCUUUUCAGACCGAAAAAUAACAAGAACUUUCUUUACAAAGCAAAAAAUCGCAAGCACUUUCUUUCCAAGUCACAAAAUGGCAAGAACUUUCAUUCCAGAGCCCUGUGCCGCCUCCCCAUGCAAGAACGGCGGUACCUGCCGUACCACCGUGACCAACCCGUACUAUUUCUGCGAAUGUGCCGAAGGCUAUGCUGACAAGGAGUGUGGUACAAAGACCUUUACGAACACAUCAUCCACCCCCAAGUUCGGGAAAAAUGUGAAACUGAUCUCAUCAGGCCAGCCUGAAUGGAUCGAGGAGCUGAAGAAGAACUACAAGAAGCAGAGUGGCAACUACACCGUGGAAGAAGAUUCUGGCACGUCCGAAGCCAAUGGAACAUCACCGUUGAGGUCGAAGACUACCAUCAGGCAGCUCAAGGGUACUGAUGAGAAUGCGACUGGGAAUACUGUAGUUUCGUGGGUACUAGUGCUUGUAUUAUAUUUUGGCCUUAGGGUUUUGGGGUAA